AAGUGUCCGGACUGGAAGGGGGGAAAGGUUGUCCUAGACUGGAAGGGGAGGAAAGUGUCCGGACUGGAAGGGGGGAAAGUGUCCGGACUGGAAGGGGGGUGUGAAAGUGUCCGGACUGGAAGGGGGGGAAAGUGUCCGAGGACUGGAAGGGGGGGAAAGUGUCCGGACUGGAAGGGGGGGAAAGUGUCCGGACUGGAAGGGGGGGGGAAAGUGUCCGGACUGGAAGGGGGGGAAAGUGUCCGGACUGGAAGGGGGGGAGAAAGUGUCCGGACUGGAAGG